AUGUCAGCCCGUUGUACUCUGCGAGCAGCUUACUUUAUACUGCGAAAGUUGGAGAGCCAGUGUCAGCGAGCCGUAAGGCGCGCAGUGCGACGCGUGGCGAGAGUGGGCGGCAACGAAGAGGAGAGGCGCCAGCAGCAGUGGCCGAGAUCGGAGGCGAAGGCGACAGGGGAGGGAAGAGGGAGGUGGGGUCGGGGCGGAGGUGGGACAGAGGUGAGGCGGAGUCGAGGCAAGACGAGGUCGGAGGCGGGAGACAAGGCGAGGCCUAACUCGCCUUGGCAUAACGAGCCCAAAAAAUUGUGGUUCAGAAAGAAACACAACUCGUCGCACCGGAGCUCCGGGGUCAGCCAAGAGGUUGCGCCACCCCUGCCGCCUGGCCCUCGUCUAACGCAGGCAGCGCCGUCCGAGGAGGCCGGGUGUGUGGUGCGGAGGGAGACACGGAAGUCGCGCCGAGCUGGCGGGGGGCGUGGCGAGGCGGGACGCAACGAGCCUGUGGGCGGAAGCGGCGGCGUAGGCAGGGGGGGCGGGGGCGGGCGGGCGGCGCACGGCGGUCUGCCGGCUCAAUUACCCAGCCGUGACGUUCACGCGCCGAUGACGACCGGCGCGCGCGCCCGGCGUCGGUGCGCCACCGCUGCGCGACCGCAGCCGCUGCGCCUCGUCCCGCGUUUCGCACCUCGGUGCGACCGCCCCUGCCCCGCUCCCGCGCCCUCGCGUCGCCGCGCCGCUGAUUGCCAAUUGCACUGCCGUCGGCCGUGUGAUCGGCCUUUUGUGGGACCGUCAGCUGAAUGUCGCGGCUACUUCUGGCACGUGACGGACCUGCACUUCGACGACCUGUACAGGGAAGGCGGCGACCCGGCACAGAACUGCCACGAGGCGGACAAGCGAGCGUCGGGCCGCGCGGCCGGGCGCUUCGGCGACGAGGCGUGCGACGCACCGUGGGCCCUGGUGGAGUCCGCCACGCGCGCCAUGAAGGCCAAGCACGGUGACGUGGAGUUCGUGCUGUGGACGGGUUUGGGAUUUAAAAAGUAUUCGCGGAUAAAAGAAUCUUUCUUUCUUACUCAAAAUAAUCAACUUGUUCAAUAUUGUAUUGUAUUUUACAAUACAUAUGCA